GGGUUCUGCUCUUGAGCAGUGAACCCAAGUCCUUCUCUGCAGGCGGAAGUGGACGCCAGCCCCCUACUCUUCUUAGCAUCUUGUGAAAACUUUUCACAAGAUGGCAGUCAGUUGGUGCAGCUUCCAGGCAGGCUUGAGCAUCAGCAAAACUCAUCUUAGAAACUGGCUACUAGGCUGCUGACCACCAAGGCAACAGCUGAAACCUUGGGGGCUACACAGUUGAGUCCAAUUUACACAGUAGAGUCCAAUUAGCUUUUUAAAAGUAUAUCAUUAACAAAUGUCAGGUUUUAUCCUAUCUUUCCUCCAAAGGGCUCAGGGUGGACUGAAUCAAGGGUUGCCAACAUGCUACCCGCAGGUGCCCGUAUGCCCGCAAAGCUCUUCCCUGGCACCCAUAAGGUCACCUCUCACUGCUGAAGUUUGGCUUGAAAGAAGCAUUUUAUUGUAGCCAUCAAAAUAGGUUAUGGUUUGUGAUUGGUUGUUAUUUGAGUGUGGUGCCCAUGUUUCCCCCCAGUUUGGACCCAGGGGUCCCAAAAGGCUGGCAAACGCUGGCAUAUAUAGUUCAAUUUUCCCUCUCACAACAGUCCUUUGAGAUAAUGCUAAGCUGAGAAAUAAUGGCUGGUUGGUCUACGAUUUGUGGUUGAGUAGAGAUUUGGACACAAGUUUCUUCCCCAACCCAAGAAUCUAACCACUGUACCACAUUGGUUCUCAGAUCGAGCCAAUGAGGCAAUAAAAAUACUUUCCUCCAAUUCCACUUCUGCCUGUGUCCGGCCCAACACUUUGCAAACCCAAAAGGAUGCCCUGGCUUUCUGUUCUCCAACCCCACCUAAAUUAUCCAAUCCUUAUAUCAUUCCCAGCACCACAUGUCAACAAGGGAUUGUAGAAAAGGGUCCCCCCCCCCCCGCCCAAGAUCUGAAAAUACGGUUGUAUUUGUAAAAGUUUUCCGUCACUUUCAUUCAUCUUUUUCUUUUUUUUUCAACCUGUGGAUAUGACCCUUAGAGUUAAUGGCAACCCGUUUGCUUUCUCAGGAGAGAAGCAGAAUAUAUUUUUGGACAUGUUAGCAGGGAACCCCUUUCAUGGGGUAGAAGUGGUUAGAUCUUCUAUUACUGUGCAACAUUGAUUAGAUGAUUAAAAAACCCCACCCACCUAGGGGUGUAAAGCACAGCAAAUUAUUUUUAAUAAGUGCCACCUAAGUAGUAACAGAUGACUCUCAAGGUAAACUUUAAUUGUCGGUGAUCUCUUAUAUUAACAGCCCCCCAACCUACUACAAGUUUCUAAUCUUCUUAGAGCUAGCCUAAAUGGAACUUUACCUCUUACUAAAUGAAAAGGUAUUAGCACACCCCUGUAAACUGAAAAAGAGCAAAACUUAUGAAUGCCCCAUUUUUGCUUUGUUUUAGUUUGCUUCUUUGUUGCUAUAGUUGUGUUUGUUGUGUUGAUAUAAACUAAAAGCAAAACACUAUAUCUAUAUCUAUAUCUAUAUCCCCAUAUCCUGCUAUUCAUAUCACAUCCUAUUUGUUCUUUUACAGAGGUGCAAAUUCCAUAAUUUGUUGAAUGCAGAGAAAAAUACAUUAUUUGCCAGGUGGGAGAACUGUUUCUUCUAAUGGGCCUGAAAGCAAGUGGGAUGCACAUAUUGCCUGCGGGCUUUUCUCAUGUAAGGAGAAAGUGCAGUGGCAUUUUCAAUACUGAUUUAUUGUUGCAUUAAUGUUUUGUAGCCUCCUUACAUCACAUACAUGAACCAAAUUAUGAAGAUGGGCAGCACACGCAGAAAUGAAUUGAGCAUGCUGACGGAUAAACGAAGCUGACAAGGUGACAGUAACCCUGGCUCUCCAAUGUGACAAUUCCCAACAGGUAUAUAUCACACAUUCAUUACCCGAGUUCCUCUCUCAAUCUACAGUUGCCUCCUAGCUUUAAGGAGGAAGGGUUGCUGGUGGCAGCUUUUUCCAUUGCCUCAUCUCUUUCCCCUAGAUAAAGAAUUGCUGUCGGGAUGAGAUAAAAGCUGCAAACCACUUCUGCACAUAUUUUUCAAAACAGGGAAGAAGGGCAACAGACAAAUUUAUUAAGAAUAAACUUCCCUUUUACUAACAGUGCUUUUGUGUCUGGUGGUGCUCACAGAUGCAGGGUAGCCAUUUUGUGCUGGUACCCAUCAUUGAGAUAUGAGUACUCGCCAUGUAAUUCCAUGCCAAAAAAGCACUGCUUAAUAUUAUUAUUAUUAUUAUUAUUAUUAUUAUUAAUAUGUUGAUAAGUUAAGGCAAUAGGUUUACUAGAGUGGAAAGACGAGGACAGAAAGGCAAAAUUACGUACUAAAUUUAUACUAGGAAGACUUACAUUCUGUUGUUGGAAUUUUGUUCUGAUAAGUUUGAUUUAUAGAUAAUAUGUCUUGGAUGUAUGGAUGCAAUUAUGGUUAAGAAAGCAUUAAAAAAGCACUGCUUACUAAGCACUGCUUAUGUAUAGGGUAAAGGUAAAGGUAAAGGUACCCCUGACAAUUAAGUCCAGUUGCGAAUGACUCUGGGGUUGUGGUGCUCAUCUCACUUUACAGGCCGAGGGAGCCGGCGUUUGUCCGCUUCCGCAGACAUUUUUUCCGGGUCAUGUGGCCAGCAUGACUAAGCUGCUUCUGGCGAAACCAGAGCAGUUCACGGAAAUGCCGUUUACCUACCUGCCGGGGCGGUACCUAUUUAUCUACUUGCACUUUGACGUGCUUUCGAACUGCUAGGUUGGCAGGAGCUGGGACCAAACAACGGGAGCUCACACCGUCACAGGGAUUCGAACCGCUGACCUUUCGAUCGGCAAGCCCAAGCGGCACAGUGGUUUAACCCACAGCGCCACCCGCGUCUAGGGGAAGCCCUGACACAAAAGUAUAGAGUUUUGAUCCUGGAGGAAAAGAAUGAUAACAUCCUGGACACUGAAGGUGCAAUCCACACUGCACUGGGGCUUAACACAGUCAAAGCCCUGUCAGUCAUGCUGGCAAGGGGGGGGGCGGGUCAGAGAAAGGCAAAAUAUGUGUGCCAACAUAGCGCUGGUACAAGAACCAGGUCCAUACACAGGACCCAGCUCCUUUUGACUGAGGUGCUUCCAGACAACAUAUUUGAGCAUUUGCUUGCAGGCAGAUUAGACAAUGUUGGCUAUUUAAUGAACAUUCUUUCUGAUGGUUUGAGGGUAAGUAAGAUGACCUUGAGCCAAAUGAAAUGUUAUCCCACACAUUCCAGUACAUUUUCUCACCACUUCCUUUAUUGCACAAAGUCUGGUGUUUGGGGAAAGCAGGCUUGUUGAGCAAGACUUCUCAAUUAAAUAUAACUGCACAACCUGAACAUUGCCAGUAAGUGAAUACUACCUGAAGAUAUUGAGUCUCUAAGAACCCUAGAUCACAAUCUCAUUCUGGCUGCACCAGGAAGUGCUGACCCUAACAUGGUAUGCACACAAUAAUUAUGUCCUUAUGUUUUAUUUCCCAAACACCAAAAAGGUAGGCACUAAACACAGAUGACGGUUUCGAACUUCAGCUGCUGAGUCCAGCAUCAAAUAGAAACCGCAGCAAGAUGUCCAAAAAGUGAGAGGUAAGUUCUCCAGGGUAAGAUGCUAAAUCAGAGCAACAAGUUAUGAGGGCAAAAUUAAUAUUACACAAAUGUUAACCAACCAAUAAUAAUAAUAAUAAUAAUAGACACAGGAGGCCAUUUUCAUUAACACUGUGGCAUUGUGGGGAAGAGAGCAUGUUUAGUUUGGUCUUAAGAAGGCUGACGUAAGUGCCCACAUUAGUUAUCUUUUUUUCUGUGAGUGGAGUAUCCCCUGUAAGUUUAUGAGUCUCUUACCUCUCCCUAUACAUUGUGGUAUAGAUUGAAUGUUGUUUAUUUCCUCAGUCCUAGCUGGACAGGCCAUCUUUUUUUCCUCCUUUAAGGAAGUGGGGGUUUGGGGGGAGAAAAUCGGAAAGUACAGGCGUAGAGAUAUCUUUGACUUCCACGGGCAUCUGAGAAGGUGCAGGCAGUGUGUGGAUUGCGGUGGCGGGGGGGAGCAAGGGAAGGACCUAUCUCCUUGGAGAACUGGAGUUAAAGGGCAGGUGGAAAGGAUUUUGUUCGUUAAUUGCAGUGCUUUUUUUCUAAAAAAAAUGUUUAGGGAUACUCUCAUUUUGACUCAAAAAAAAUCACCAUUUUGUAGUUGAAAUCGGGAAAAAUAAAUACAGUAAAUGGACAAAAGUACAAAGAUUCACAAGACAUUUAGCUGUGCGUACCCCUGCGCCCCUCCCAGAAAAAACACUGGUUAAUUGUAAUAUAAAAUGGUAGGGCAGCUCGGUCAGUAGAGAGCAUGAGGCUCUUAGAACUACAGAGUUGUAAGGGGUCCCCAAGGGUCAUCUAGUCCAACCCCCUGCAAAGCAGGAAUCUUAUGCCCAACAUAUUUCCAAAUUUAUGCUGUUGUAUACAGAAUUGUCCUCUGAGAAUUAGCCCCCUCUGAGAAACACAGUCAUUCUAUAGCAAGGGAAAUCUGCACAUGAAAAUGACUGACUUGGAUGUAGACAAGGAAGUAGUCUGACCUCCCUGCAAUGCAGAAAUCCAAACCAAAGCAUCCAUGACAAAUGGCCACCCAAUCUCCGUUUGAAAGCCUCCAAUGGAGAAGAACCUUAAUCUCGGGGUCCUGGGUUCAAGCUCAAUGUUGGGCAAAAAGAUCCCUGCAUUGCAGGGGUUUUGACUAUGUCCAUUCCAGCUCUACAGUUCCAUGAUUUGUGUGUUUGUGUGACAAAUGCCAGCUCCCUCAGCCUGAAAGCGAGAUGAGUGCCGCACCCCAUAGUCACCUUUGACUGGAUUUAAUUGUCCAGGGGUCCUUUACCUUAGCUUUUACACACACAAACACACACAAUUUUAAGGUGUCACAAGGCUCCUCCCCGCCCCCAGUUCACUUCAGUCUGAGAUGGUAUUUCUGUUUGAAGCAUGAGGAGUUGCACUUAAGUUGUUCUGUGGUGACUGUUUGCACAGGCUGUUUUUGGACCACCAGUUUUUGGUUUUUUUUUAAUGCACACAGCAUAUGUUUUAAGGUCAUCGUACAUGCAACUCUAGUGUUCAUUUGUCCAGAAGAAGAAAAUGGGCUAAAAUCACCCACCCACUGAGCUUCACAGCUGAGUGAAAGGACGCUACGCCACAGUCACCAUGGGAAAAUUUUGUUCCAUAAAGGGAAAUCUGUAUGCAACAGCAUAAACUUGGAAGGGGGAAUACGUUGGGCGUAAGAUUCCUGCUUUGCAGGGGGUUGGACCCUUCCCUUGCCUCCCCGCCCCCCGGGGACCCACGCACUGCCUGCACCUUCUCAGAUGCGCAGGUAUCUCUAUGCAGCCCAUACCACUUCCGCCCUUACUUGAAGCUAACCGCCGACGCAGCGCUGCGCCUGCGCUUUCCGAUUUUUCUCCCCCGAAACCCCGCCCACUUCCUUAAAGGAGCAAGAAGGAAAGAAACGCCGAGCCGCGCGAGCACCUCCCCCUCCCUCCCUCCCGUCGCUGGCGUUUAACCCCUUCUGCUCCCUUGCGCCGCCAUGAGGCGCUUCCCGCGGCAUCUCGGUGAGGCGGAGAGCAGAGCGCCUGCGUAGAACCAGCGAGGGGAGCGAGAGGAGGCCAUUGGCUGGUCGGGCCCGGCUCUAUGAGGUAAGGCCGCCGUUCCCUUCGCGCGCUGUUCCGCUCCCGGCCCCGCCGCCGCCGCGUGAGGGGCAGAAGGGGCCUCCUCGCAAGCCGGCGAGGAGAGCCUUCAAUACUCCUCCUGACCGGGGAACAUGGCGCUAAGCAAACCUACCCUGUGGUGACAGGAGCCCUUUCAGUUCCCUGUCUUUCCCUUUUUCUCUCACCCACACAUUUCCCCCCCCCUCCGUAAUAUUUGGAACCGACCCUGGGCAUUAUGCAGGAGGCGGCGGCGGCAGAAUUCCGGGCUGUACCACUUCAGGUCGCAGGUGAGCCCCGCCUCGCGCUCCCGCCCCCAGGCGCAUGCGCGCGUUGCCGCAGACGAGGCAGACGCUUCGGGAGCCCGGUUUGCCAAAGCGGCGUGGGCGGGGCAAUACUGCGCUGUGGGCGGGGCGAGGGGCGGGGCCGGGAAAGUGCUUAUUUGCAUUUAUUUUUCCCUCCUGCUUUGAGUGCAUCUGUUGAAUGCAUCCCAGGGAUCAUCUAGACCAGCCCCCUCCAAUGCAAUAAAGUAAUAAUAAUUACUAUUCAUCAUUUAAUAAUAAUAAUUCUUCAUAAUUUAAUAAUAAUUAAUUAAUUAAUUAAUUAAUUCUUCGUCAUUUAAUAAUAAUAAAUUAAUUAAUUCUUUGUCAUCUAAUAAUAAUAAUAAUUCAGCAUUAGUUGGCAUCCCUCUGACAAUAAAGGAGUGCACCUUUGGGGGUGAAGUCAAAAUGUUGGAAGGUCAUAUAACCCAAGUCCCUGCAAUGCAGUAAGGAUUAACAAUGGCACCAUAUCAUUGUCAGCAUGAGCACUGUGGUUGGGGUUGCAGCGCUGGUUGUGGUCUUACAUCAUGUCCUGCCGCUGCUGGCCAAGAAUUUGAACCGCUGUCUGCAUUUUUGCUCAACUGGGAAGAAUUGUUCAGGGACGUUCUUCAUCGCGGUUGUGUGGGGAACGAGCCUUUCCAGAGUACUUGAAGUUGACAGACGGUGCAAAUUGCUGUUUCCACAGCGUCUGAAACUCCCAUUGUUCUACAGGCAUUUUGCGACAGGGAAUUUCAUUAGCGCAAGAAGUUUCUGAGCUCUGGGCGCAGUAGUGCACCUGAGAUUUCGGAUUAAGACUGCAGAGUGGAAGGAAAGGAGGAUCUUUUUUCUGCCUCCCGCUUCCAGCUACUCUCUGAAGACAGGAGAAGAGAUCAUUUUAAGAAUAUUAGGGGGGUGGGCGGGGAAAGGACUAGGCCAUGUGAAAAAUGAGCAUAAUAUUUUAGCUGCAGUAAAUGCAUUUUCAACUUUGUAUCCUUGUUAUUAAAAAACGUGCCUAGACAUUCUAUUUUUGUGCCCAUAACCUAGGUUUAAGGUGCCAUUUAGCUCCCAGCUUUCAUAUCUCAGUUUCUAGCACUUGCGUUUCCCUUUUUGGAAGGGUAGAAAUCUGGGAGGUACUUUAUCACUAAGAUUCUGUACUACUCACAUGGCAAAAAGUUUUGAAAGCAUGCUUUUCCAGGAGUCUUCUUAAUUAAUGAUCUUUGUCCUAGGGCGCCAGCCUCCCCAGUGUUCACCUGAUGGAGAAUGUGGCAGGCGACCUACCUGCUGGGGCAGUGGCUGCUGUGCUGAAGCCCAGUGAGGGACUACCUGAGGGGAGCUUGACAGUGCAUGGCUAUGACUUUGACCGUGGAUUAGACUAUCAUGCCUUGCUCCAGUCUUACCUCACCACAGGUUUCCAGGCUACCAGCUUUGGGCAGGCUGUGAACGAGAUCAACCGCAUGGUGAGUAGCCAGGAUGAGUCCCAAUGGUGAGAACUGUGUUAGAUCAGGUGGGAAGGAGGGAAAUUGGGCUGGAUCUCAUAACUGUGGAGUUAGCUUGCUGCUUUGCUGCAGCACGUAGAGGCCUCUAUAAAUUCCUGCAUGUACGCUCUUGUGUACAUCACAGCAUUCUUCUCUGACACCGGUCAACACCCAUCUACACAUACUGUGCUAAGAGUUAGCCAACACUGAAGUUGGCUACUUUUUUUUACCCUUUCCCAGCAAUAUUCCAUAGUCCUAUUAGCUCUAAGCCUUGGGUGUGAACAGUAUUUUAUAAGUCUGAGCUGGUAUGAUGUUCAUAAACAUCUACAUUGAUUGAUAGGAAAGUCCUACUUUGAUUGCAUGGAUUGAGAACACACAGUCAAUACCUUCAGUGACGUCAAAAACGGCAGUUUACAUUUACCUCCCUUUCUGAUUAUCACGUUUUCUGAUUUGAAGAUAAAGUGGCAAAACCAGUAUUUUUCUCCAAAUCUGCAUAUUUUGUGCAUUGAUGCUUCCCUCAGUUCUCUACAACCAUUCACCAGUUUUUGUUUUUGUUUUGCUUCCUUCAUAUGUCACUAGCAAACUUCUUGCUGUUUGUACUUAGCUAUUUAGGGUGAUGAUAUGCUAAACUUGGUGGUGCUGCCAUUUAGUUCAAUCCCUGCAUUGUGCUGUUGUGCUGAAGCUUGAUUCAGAUAGUUGGGUUCUUCCUUGCAGAUAGAAGCGAAGCUGACGCCACUGGCCGAGGAUGAAGGGAACCAUGCCGACUUGAAUCCCUGUUCCCGCCACCUAACAGGCUGUACAAUCUUCUUGGGCUUCACUUCCAACCUCAUCAGCUCAGGUGUCCGUGAGACCAUCCGCUUUCUGGUGCAACACAACAUGGUAUUGUCCAAACCUGGGAGGUGUUUCCUCCUUCUGUAUAUCAAGGAAAAAUCUUCCUUUUCAGUUAUGUGGCUGUGAAAGGGUAGAGAAGAAUCCCUGGUGUUCUACACCAAUAUCAUUCUUGUCUCCCUCGUAUGUUCUCAUGAUAAACAUUGUAUGCCGUCUUCUAAUGGGCUGGAGAGAACUUUAAAGGAACUACCUCCGUUUAUGGGAAAGAGAUACUGGCUACUGAUGCUUCAUGACUUAAGGAUGGAUUAAUCCCUUUACAGAACUCGGGUCUAAAGGAUGCUCAUAGCUGCAAGUCUUAGCAAGCACUAUAGCCCACAUUCUUUGGUUUGUGUAGGUGGAUGUGCUGGUGACCACAGCAGGUGGUGUGGAAGAAGAUCUCAUCAAAUGCUUGGCACCCACUUACGUUGGAGACUUCAGCUUGCGUGGAAAGGAACUACGACAGAGUGGGAUUAACAGGUACCAGCAGGGGUAGUGGGGAGGGGACGGGUGCGGGUGGCGCUGUUGUCUAAACCACUGAGCCUCUUGGGCUUGCCGAUCAGAAGGUUGGUGGUUUGAAUCCCUGCGACGGGGUGAGCUCCCCUUGCUCUGUCCCAGCUCCUGCCAACCUAGCAGUUUGAAAGCACACCAGUGCAAGUAGAUAAAUAGGUACCACUGUGGCGGGAAGGUAAACAGCAUUUCCGUGCGCUCUGGUUUCCAUCACAGUGUUCUGUUGCGCCAGAAGCGGUUUAGUCAUGCUGGCCACAUGACGUGGAAAGCUGUCUGUGGACAAUCACCGGCUCCCUCGGGCUGAAAGCGACAUGAGCGCCACAACCCCAUAGUUGCUUUUGACUGGACUUAACCAUCCUUUACCUUUACUUGUAGUGGGGAGGGCUGAUGAUCUGAUGGCCACCAUUGGAAAACAAGAUGGGUGACUUUUUUUGUGACCAAAGAAAUUGACCCCUCCUGGGUUUCCUCUGGUUUGUAUGAUCCAACCAGUCUCAUACUCUGCUGCAGGGAGGGGAUUGACUGUAUGUUUUAACUUCUGCGGGAGGAAGGAGCAAGGUAGGGGCAAAGUCCCUAGCCAGGCUUUACUUCCCAGCUGUGUCCUCCUCUCCUCCAGGAUUGGGAAUCUGCUGGUGCCCAAUGACAAUUACUGCAAGUUUGAAGACUGGCUGAUGCCAAUCCUGGACCAGAUGGUGACAGAGCAGGACACAGAGGUGAGAGCUGAAAUGUUAGGAAUGGUGUGCCUUUGUGCUAUUAUUCUUUCUCCACCCCCCAUGUAUACCCCCAACGUGGUAAUUGCAAUAGACACUUGAGAGCUGUCUGCCGUGAGUUCUGGCCUCAUCUUUGGAAAAGGAAAACUCCCAGCAUGGAAGAGGAUGAAACAGCAACGGAGACAUGUCUUAUUCUAUCUAGUUUGUGAUCUCAAGGCCAUUUUUUCCCCCUGCCAGUAUUGUUGGGUUUCUUAUUUGCUCCCACAUAGAGGAUUUUUCUUUUCUUUUUCUUUGAAAUCGCACGUAUUAAGACUGUGCAGGUUCACCCCGGAUCUUAGCUUGUCCACCAAUCUGGGGAGAAGUUGGCAUAGUCUGAAGUUGUGGUCUGUCUCCCUGCUUUUCAGGGGGUGAAGUGGACUCCAUCAAAGUUCAUUGCUCGGCUUGGCAAGGAAAUCAACAAUCCCGAAUCUGUCUAUUACUGGGCACAAAAGGUAGGCUGAGGAAGUCUUCUGUGUUUUAAGUUCCAUAUCUCGCCUUUCGUUAAGAUUAGCGUCCAGUAAUCUGGCUGAAAUGCUGCUUGUUUGUGACUUCCUGAUGGGAUGCCUGCCUUCCACUCUUCAAUCAUCUGAGGGUCUGUCCUAUGUAUGUGAUAUGGCAUAGCCUAUUAUUUUUCUGGCUUCGUAUUACCAUUCAUUUCCCAGCUGGUAGCCUUGACCCCUACCAUCCAACCAUUAAGGCAUAGUUCUGUGUUGUGCAUUUACUACUUUUCUGCAUUUCAAGUCUGUCUCCCACUCCCACGCUCUGCCCUCCCUUCCAAGAUACGUUAAACUCUGCCAUAUGAAAUACCCACUUCCGCUUAUAAUGCUAAUUGUGUUCCUGGCAGAACAGCAUCCCUGUACUGAGUCCAGCGUUGACUGAUGGUUCCCUGGGGGACAUGAUUUUCUUCCACUCCUAUAAGAAACCAGGCCUUGUGCUGGACAUUGUGGAAGGUGAGCUGAGAUUUGUGCAACAUAAGUAAGUCUCUCCAUGGUUUCUGUUAUGUACCUACCACUGGUUUCUACUUUCAGAGGAAGGGAGACAGCUAGUGGAAUCUGUAUGCUGUGUACCAGACAUUCUGGGUCUACCAACCCCCAAAGUAUGACGCUGUUUACUGUGCUGCUUGUCUAAUAUUUAAACUCUCUCUCUAAGAUCUGAGGCUCAUCAAUACGCAGGCCAUAUUUGCCCGGAAAACAGGAAUGAUCAUCUUGGGAGGAGGACUUGUCAAGCACCACAUUGCUAACGCCAACCUCAUGGUGAGGCAGAUUGUGCAGUAGGAACAAAUGCACAGUGCAGAAAGGCAGGGUUUGUUUGGGGUGGAAGAUGUUGCAAAAGCAUGGGAUGCAUUUGUAGAACAAAGAUUCAUGGGUUGAGAUGGCAUGAUGCUGCUGCUUGCUUGCUGGCUUUGGGCAUGGGGAGCUAUUUCUAGAUGCUGUUGAACUUCCAUUAGCCUCAGCUGACAUGGCCAGCGGUCAGCAAUGAAUUCAUAUGCUGCAUAAGUCCUGCCAAGCUAUAUAGGCUCAUUGAACCUAUUGAGCCUUCAGUGGUUCACCCCAAAGCACCCCACCCCAUGCAGCUUUCAAGAGCCUCCUAGGCUGAGCCCUGGAAGUUGCUGAUAUUUGGGGGAAGGGAGCCCAUAUUUCAGUGAAUGAGUACACAUUUUGCACACAGAAAAUCUCAGGUUCGGUUCCUGCCAUCUCUUUAAAAGGAUCUUGGCCACGAGGAAAGAACUCUGUAUGAAAUCUCAUAGUGCUUUUGUGCUAAUUGGACCACUCAUCUUAAAUUGAUAUGCUUUGUAUCCCAGUUUCCACUUCCUCUCCCCCCUCCAAUUGCAAUUAAAAGAUCAAUAAACGGACCACUUGUCUUAAAUCGAUAUAAGAUAGUUUUGUAUAUUCAUCUGCGCUUAUCUCCAAGUCCAUAUGUGGAACAGUUGUAUUUGGUAUCAGAUUUGCUGUGCAAGCAGACCUUUGGUUACCACUGAGCCAAUUCUGCUCCAUAUGCCUGAUGUCAGCGAUUAUUGUACCUCCUCAGAGAAACGGUGCUGACUUUUCUGUAUACGUCAACACGGCACAGGAGUUUGAUGGCUCAGACUCAGGAGCUCGGCCUGACGAAGCAGUUUCCUGGGGGAAGAUCCGCAUGGAUGCCAAGCCUGUCAAGGUACAUGUGGGGGAAAGGAGGGGACUGACAGAUCAUAGUAUUGGCAGGGGUGGGACAUGGAACUUGCCAUCGGCAAGACCAGUGAGUUUUAGAGUAAACAAAUGAAAAGCUCUUGAGGAGAGGCACUCUUUGGUAUUCUUCUCUUGACAGGUUUAUGCCGACGCUUCCCUGGUUUUCCCACUGCUGGUUGCGGAAACCUUUGCACAGAAACCAAAUGCCUUUGCUCCAGAGAAGCAAAAUGACUAAGCCGCGGACUGCUGCGUGCCCAUGUGCUUCUCCCACAUACCACUGCAGCUGCUGGCACCUGCACUGAGACUGUUUUGCAACAUCGGUUUGGAUGAAUGGAAGGCAGUCGAACCAUUAGCACAACAUCAUUCUCCUCCAUGCUGAAUAGAAGCUGAGCCCCAGUCUCAGAAAGUGGCGGUCUGUUACUUGUGUGUAAUCGCAACCCAUCCUCCUCAUGAGCCUGUCGAGAGGAUAGUGUUUCUCUCUUUUUGCUCUUGUAAACCCUAUAUAUUCUGAGACACUUGGUGAUAUACCUGACUCUCCAGCAUGCUGUUUUCGUGAUAGUAGGAUGGUCCUUGGAUUCUGAAGUUGACUUUAUUUUUCUCCCUUUAACAACUGGCCCAGCAUUAUCUCUCUGUUCAUGGCCUCCCUGCCCACUUCAUUUUAAUUCUUGGAUUUUCUUCUCUGUCUCUUUUAUUUACUGAUAUGACGUGUGUCCAUCUGGAAUCUGCUUGAGAUCCCCCAGCCUCCGAAUAAACCACUGUAGUCUUUAAAUGUA